AUGGCUCCAGAGAAGGACAUUUGUCCUACAUUACCAAGAAUUUCCAGCAACUGUUCUGAAGGAAGUUCAAAUAAGCCUGUUAAUAAGUAUACUGAUGUUCAUUUGCCACGAUUUUCAUUUAGGCAAGGGAUGAUCCCUAGACAUUAUGUUAUGCCUUGGAAAAUAAACAUGAAAUUCAGGAAUGUGAAUCUGAAGCAUGCAGAUGCUUGUGGGAUCUAUGCUGGCACAUUAGAAGACACACUCUUUCUGGAACACAGUGAAAGACUUUGCCAUGGGGAAGAUCGCAAAACUGUCUUGAAGAAAGGCCUCCCAGAUAUAAAAAUUGCAGAUAUGCCUCUGCAUUCACCUCUGUCCAAGUACCAAAGCACUGUGAUUUCCCAUGCCUUUAGGAGGCGACUGGUGUGA